AUGGUUCCCCACGCGACCUCAGGAGUGGAGCGUCGCCGCUCGUCCUCCAGACACCCGGCUCCUUCGAAAUUCAAGUUCCCCGACUUCAACAAUGACCACGCCGUCGAGUUUGAGGAGGAUGAAGAGGAUGGGAUCUCGCGAGGGCCGAGUCCUCGGCCGCUGCCCAAUGGCCUACCGCCCGGCCUGCACUCGAGCGAGCGCUGGCCGCCGCGAAAAGAGACGUCGUUGAGGAGUUGGGCUUCGUGGGCUGCGAAUGGGAAGUUGGGCGGCACAAGACCUAAUCGGCAGAAGAGUCUGGGCGAGGCGAUCAAGACGGUGAGGACACGAAAGGCGAGCAUCAGCCAGAAUGCGCACGAGAUUGCAGAGUCGCUCAAAGCGCCUGUGUCCCUGAGGCUAGUUCUCCUCUGCAGCUUCUGGUACGCGUCGUCAAUCCUCACGAAUACCUCGUCGAAAGCUAUCCUGACCGCCCUACCGAAACCUAUAACUUUGACCGUGGUCCAGUUCAUGCUCGUGUCCUUCUGGUGUAUCUUCCUCUCAUGGCUCGCCAAACGCAACGUCGCCGUUCGGGAAGCUUUACCAGUGUUGAAGAAUGGCAUUCGAAGACCAAACAAGGACAUCAUCAUGGCCACUCUCCCUCUCACUGCCUUCCAAAUCGGAGGCCACAUCCUAAACUCGGACGCAAUGUCAAGGAUCCCCGUAUCACUAGUCCACACGAUCAAGGGACUGUCACCGCUCAUGACUGUCGUCGCCUAUCGCGUCUUCUUCGACAUUCGAUAUUCAACAACCACCUACCUAUCUCUAGUCCCGCUCACACUCGGGGUUAUCUUGGCGUGCUCGGCAAGUCUCGCCGGAAACUUCCUCGGCCUGGCGUAUGCUUUGGGCAGCGCAGUGCUCUUCGUCACGCAAAAUAUCGUCUCCAAAAAGAUCUUCAACGACGCAGCCAAAGCUGAAGCCGACGGCACGCCGAUUGGAAGGCGCAAGCCUGAUAAGCUCAACUUGCUUUGCUAUUCCUCGGCUCUGGCGUUCCUCUUCACAUUCCCGCUUUGGCUCUGGUCGGAGGGCUUCUCCAUGGCGGCCGACUUCAUGAAGGACUGGUCGAUUGACCUACGGGAGAGACCGGGUUCGCUGGAUCAUGGGGCCUUGAUGGCUGAGUUCAUCUUCAAUGGGACUUUCCAUUUCGGACAGAGCUUGGUGGCUUUUGUGCUGCUGGGCAUGGUGUCGCCUGUAACGUACUCGGUUGCGAGCUUGAUCAAGCGGGUUGUUGUCAUCAUGUUCGCGAUUGUAUGGUUUGGCAAUCCCAUGUCGGGGAUCCAGGGAAUCGGGUUUGGGCUGACGUUUGUCGGGCUCUACCUCUACGACCGCACUUCAGAUGCCGCGAAAGCUGAUAAGCGCGCGAGAGAAAAGGCGGAGAGCAAGGAGCCUUUAUUACCUAUCAACGUGGCGGACGCCAAGAAGAGCGGCCCCGCCAUGUUCACCCAGUCGCCCAUGAGCGCUGGUGAAAACCUCCACGCAGGAAGCAAUGGCUACGCAAACGGCGAGCCCGGAGGCAGCGGGCCAGGGCGACCACACAUGAACGGCACCGCAUCGCCUAACAACGCGAACGGCGUGGCCAUGUCAUUACCGCCCGGCACCAAAGCAGAAGAAACCUGGACCUCAGGCGACGUCGCGCGGCAGCAAAGCGUGAAGUCCAACGGUGUAAGAUAG